CUCCAAUGUCACUUCCGACUCACCAACUUCAAUAAUUACAAUACCAAUACAAGGCAAUACCAUGUACUAUUAUGAUUUUCCCUGACAUUAGAAUCCGCUCUAUCACCUACUCACUCGACUAUCACGAAGCAACGUGAAUAUUCACCUCCUCCGGGGAUCUGCAACCAACUACCUCCUACUUAGCCAACGAUUCCCGGUACCUACAAAACCAUAUCCACGCCCACUCCCUUGACCACCGAUUUUCAACUUCCAAGAUCCUCAGGGGGCCUUCAACCAACACAGAAACGAAAAAAAAACACACGCUACAUAACACCACACACUCCCGCAUCGCCCGUCCACCCAUUCCACCAUGCCCGUCCCGUCCCUCUACGAGCUCGCCAAAACGCGGCUCAUCCAAAACGUACACCUCCUGACCGACAUAUCCGACCUACCCUACGACUUCCUCGCUCCCAUCCUCCGCAACAUCCAGAACCCCUCCCAGCUCCUCGAGCUCGAGGCCAACUCUCCGCAGAUCGUGGGCGAGACCGGCGAGAUCUGGCUGCGGUUCAUCAAGCGCGACAUCCCGAACUGGGACAAGAAGACCAUCACGCCUCGGGACCCUCGGAACUGGAGCAAGGCGUAUAGGAAGCUGAAGAGGGAGGCGGAGAGGGAGAGGGAGGAGGACGAGGAGAAGUUGAAGCAGCAGAUGCGCGCGCUGCAGCAGAACAGGCAGGGGAACCAGACGAAGAUUAUCGAGAGUAGGGUCCCGCUUGAUCCGUCAGCGAGGUCGAGGGGAUUCGCGUUUGGGUCGCGGGGUGGUGGUGGAGGAGGAGGAUGGGGGAGCGGCAGUGGUUGGGGAUCUGGUGCGCCGACGAAGACGGGGAAGGUCGCGUUUGAUAAGCUGAGGAGGGGGAUAUUCGACCAAAAGAGAGCGGCUCCCAAGGCUGCGAUGAUGCCUGCACAUGUUCUGGCCCAGCGAAGAGGAACCGUCGCGCAGGCUCCUGCGAGAAUGUUGAGGCUGGCUGAGAAUCAACAAGGUGCCCCAUCAUCAUCUCGACCGCAACAACAACGCCCACAGGAAAGCAGCAAUGCUGGUGCUGAUAGACCACAACGACCUACUCUGCAAGGCAGGAGUUUCAAUGCGCCCAAGCCCCAUGCCCAACCUCCACCCGUACAACCACAAGGGAAACGGAAACGAGAGGAACCAAACAUGUUCAUGCAACGGAAGAAGAGAUAAUCCAUCCAUCAUAAGCAAUAUUUACAGCGUAUCGUAUUUUCGGGAGUCUUAUAGCAUAUUCACAUCUGCAAACGGAAAGGUAGUUCAGGUCUGACAUAUUCAGCGCUACAGGGGUAUUCAAACAUGUUUAGGAGUUACAGCAUUAUUUUGCGCGGCGCACGAGAUGGACAUCUUUAGAUUUGGUUCUCGUAGCGUCGGCAGCGUCUAGUUGGGUAAAUAGGUAUCCAAUAUCCACAACAUAUCUUCAUCCCAUAAAGUCUUGACGUAAAGAUCGCUAAUCUCACUUUUUGCAAAU